AUGGCCGGUGAUCCCAGGGCAUUGCUGCGACAGGCAGAGACAUCACUACAGAAGGCGUCGGGUGGCUUCAGUUUCUUCGGAGGGAAACAAGAGAAGUACGAGGCAGCCGCCGAACAGUUCAUCGCCGCAGCAAAUGCGUUCCGAAUGCAAAAGAUGGGCAAGGAAGCCGGUGAAGCCUUUGAGAAAGCAGCAUCAGUUCAACGCCAACACCUAAACGAGCCUGACGAUGAGGCAAACACUUUGACAGAUGCCUUCAAGGCUUACCGAAAAGAUGACCCAGAGGCGGCGGCAAGGUGUCUAGACAAGGCCAUUACACACUACUGCAACAAAGGCAACUUCCGCCGCGCAGCUACUCACAAGCAGAAUCUCGGCGAACUUUACGAAGUCGAGCUUGGCGACAACAUGCGUGCGGCAGCUGCUUAUGAAGAGGCAGCUGGUUGGUACGAGAGUGACAACGCUGAAGCACUUGCAAACAAGCUCUGGCUCAAGACAGCCGACCUCAUUGCCCUAGAGGGCAAAGACUACUACAAGGCCAUUGAGCUCUAUGAAAAGGUGGCAAAGGCAUCCAUCGCCAACAACCUCAUGCGCUGGUCCGUCAAGGAAUACCUUCUCAAGGCUGGUAUCUGCCAGCUAUGCACAGGUGACCAAGUCGGCGUUAAUACCGCGCUUGAGAAGUACAGAGAGAUUGAUCCUAGCUUUCAGCAGCAGAGGGAGUAUGCGCUGCUGGUUGAUCUUACGGCAGCGGUGCAGGAUGGCGAUCAGGAGAUGUUUGCUGACAAGCUAUUUCAAUUUGAUCAGCUGAGCAAGCUGGAUAAGUGGAAGACUACGCUUCUGCUGCGGAUCAAGAACACAAUUGAGGAGGGCGGCGAAGACUUUUCCUGA